AUGGAAUCAGGCUCGGAUCUUUCUACUCACUCAAGGGAUUCAUCAGUGUUGCCGCUUGAGUCUCGAAAGGGUGUGGAAUUUUACGUCUCUUGCAAUCCGCCCUUGGGUCUUGCCGGCGUGGAUGAGGUUAUGGGAAGGAUACAAUGUUCGGAUAUUCGUGUGAGGCAGGCCGUGGCAAAAUUUUUGCUUGACAUUGUCGAACAGGAUGCUCGGCCACUCAAGAAGCAGUCGCCCUCGACAGAUCCUCACAUGCAAGUGGAUGUCGAUGCCGGGUCACGACUUGUUCCAUGGUCCAGCUGGUUACAAACUCAGUGCUUCAGCGGUUUCGAGAAAUACCAGUAUCCGGAGCCCACGUGCAAGCUCGCAUUCAAAAGAGUUUGGCGAGGAUUAGAAAACUUACCACCUCUGACGGUCGAUAACCUGCUUGGUACCUGUUCAAUCUGGAGUCAUUCUGUGACUCCGCUCAAUUUUGAAGGCUUGGCCAAGCUACUGGGCUGUCGGUUAUUCCACAAUGUGAGAAAAACUGUGGUGUACAUUAAAGGUGACUCGUUCGGGGCUGUAGAACAAGCGUUGAAAAUACUCGGGCAUCUGCUCCUCAUUGCUGAAACGACAAACAAGAAACAUCACCUUGUCUACGCUGAAGACGCUGCGCAGCUCAAGUAUGUUUACAAGUGGCUCUCUCAGGUCGGGAUCAUGCGCACGACGUAUCUACCGAGGCCCUUGCGCACGAAGGAUCUGCCGAAGACCCUCAAUCAGGAGGGACCCAAGCUUCUUGGGGCUGUGUGCAUCCGGGCGGCAGAAAGAACCCAGGAGAAUGACUGGGUUUCUGACAAGACGCAGUAUAAGGAUAAAGAGGUAACGCCAUCUGCUGCGCCCCUUUUUAGUGCCUUCAAAGACUACGCAUAUACCAAAAAAUUCCCGGCAAACAUCUCUGGUCAAUUAGAGGAAGUAAAAAAACUGCUCGAGACGUACAACGACGCCGAGCCGCAAAGCCGGAAGGAAAGCUGCUCUGUGUCUGGGGAUGUGCAAAGCUUAUCGGACACCAUGGACUACGAAGAAGAUUUUGAAGUCGUUGACUGCAACCCUGGGGCAGUCGAAACCAUUCCCCCAAAGGACCUUCUGGAUGACGACUCUCCUGUGGAAUUAUCCUCAUAUGCUGCAUCUUGCAGUAUCCUGGUUCCGAGCCCGUCAAAGGAAACGUUGUUCCAGAGUCCGCACAAGUUCAAUACCGAUAAACGGGAAAAGUCGCAUUUCAUGCAUAUUCUUGGGGACCGCGUUGGAGCGAUGUGUUCUGUUAUACCCCUGUGCCCCGGUUACAUCACCAUUUCCGCCAGAUUCGGACGAUGUUAUCUCAAUGACAUUCGUAGCUCGCUAGUUGAUGUCGGGUCUGGCCCACACUGGACAAUGAAGGAACUUUUGAAUGAGAUGGAAAGCAAGCAAACGUGUCAAUACAUCCGAUUUUCAUCCAUCCUUUCGUCUUUUUCUACCUGUGCCGAUUUAAUUGUCGGCACAGGUGGGUCAUCUUCAUCGUGGAAUCUUCUCACAACCCAGGUCACAUACCUGGUUGAAUGCGAAUUGAAGGAAGACGAGUGCUUCAUUAUCGAGAUUGAUGCAGAAACAUUCAAUUACUCUUGUCGGGGAACAGCAGUCCAGAUUGGGUGUACCUUUAUUCACUGCGUCCGUCAGGCCUGGGACGUACAGGUUGAGGUUAACAAGUCGAGCAAUUUGAACCUGUCUCCUUUACAUUGUCGUCUGUGCAAAGUCAUUGUCGACUCACUUCACAUCUUCGGGUCAGCAAAGGGAGAGACCGUGUUGGAAUUCAUGGCCAAUGAAGAGCUAGGCUUGAAGAUAAAGUCGGUUCAAAUUCAACGCUCGGCGAGAUACUCCAACUAUGAUUUUCCAGACAGCGUCCUCUCCAUUGCAACGAUGACAAAGCUCAAACCAGAUUCGAUAAAGGCCAAUCGUCAAAGGUGGGGCGGGUUAGAAAAGAAGUCCUCCUCAGGUCCUUGCCCAGAUUUCUGGGUCGAAGCCUUCAUAACGUCGACCAAAUUGGAAGAUGUAUUAAAGGCGAACAUUGGGUUAUCCACGGGAGAGCGCACAUCAUGCGACUUUACGAAGCUAGGACAACAAGGCUAUUAUGAUAGCCUUUCGCGGCCAGCUUUGAAGAUGAUUGCGCAAAUGGAUCAUAUCGGCCAGCACAAUAACAACGGCAUAUCGACAAACAGUAGGCCUUCUGCCUUUACGGUCUCAGUUGCUGAAUCAAGGCAGCGAAACGGGGAUUACUGUUUCUGGUGA